AUUAAUAAAAUCGCUUGGUUUGCAAGAUGAACUUUUUCAAGACGGGAUUUCCUGCGAACUGGAUCUAACUGCUGCGUAAGGACAAGCAGGGGGAUAGAGGAAAAUGUCUGAGGGGAAGACUGAGAAAACUAGCCACACUUUAACAAAAGAUGAAGGUUUUACUAACGGAGGAAAUCAUGUCCCCAGUAAUGUUACAGAUCAGAUGACAGAGAAAUUCGACCUAGCCACAGUCUAUGUGUCUGAUGCCAAGUACAACAGGAACAUCUUCUUUGACACUUCCCCACAGGCUGUGAAGCUAUACCUGCUCUACAACCAUUGGUUCAUGCAGACACUGGUAUAUGUGUUUAUUAUCAUAAACCUGGCUUUGGCUCUUUUUGAGGAUCCUGCAGUUGUGCCACUUCCUAUAUGGGCGACUUCUACAAUUGAGACCAUAUGCCUCUCUGCAUUCACUGUGCGGAUAAUACACUAUGCAAAAGUCAUACCAAAAGAUAAAUUCUGGAAGGAUCCCAAAAACAUCUGCAUCAUAAUCAUUGUAACGCUCUCUUUUAUAGAUAUGGUUAUAUAUGGAGCUCUGAAAGCGACAGGGCACUAUGGUAUUCGAUGGUCAAGAGUCUUAAGACCACUUCUUUUAGUCAAUGUUACAGAAGGACGACAAUUGCGGAGGGCGUUCAGGAGUAUCCGCAAUGCACUGCCUCAGAUCUCUUAUGUUUUUUUCUUAUUCAUGUUCAGUGUGUUGGUCUUCUCUCUCAUGGCUCUUAAAUUGUUUGGAAAAAGGGGUCUUCUUACCAUCAAUGGUUCUCCAUAUUUCACAGAUUAUAUGGAUAUUGUUUUUGAUCUCUAUGUUUUAGUGACCACUGCUAAUAGCCCUGAUGUUAUGAUGCCGGCAUACAACUCCAGUGUUUACUUCACCAUUUUCUUCAUUUUGUAUAUUGUUAUCAACACCUAUACCUUCAUGUCCUUCUUUCUGGCUGUCGUUUAUAAUAACUACAAAAAGUACCUAAAGGAGGAAGUGCGGCAGCUUGUGAAGGCUAAAAGAAUCAAGAUGUGCCGGGCGUUUUCUUUGCUUCAGGAGAACCGGGGUGAAGGUGGAGAGCCCGUGGUGACCCAGGCCAAUUGGAACCAUCUGGUUAAACUCGUCAAGCCGAAAAUCAGUACUGCUCACCGGGAAUUGCUCUGGAGUGUCUUAGAUGAUCAGAAUAAAGGACACAUAGGAAAGUUUGCAUUUGUCCAGCUGGCCGAUCUUCUAAGUAUCCAGGUGAUCACGGUGAAGUCACAGGCACAUCCAAUUCAGAUUUGUUUCCCCUCUCUGUACAACUCCCUACCCAGCAGAUUCAUCCGGCAGAUGGUGCAUCACAGAGUGUUUGUAUAUGCCUAUGAUCUGAUUAUCCUGGUGAAUGCUGUGUUCAUUGGUCUGGAUGAGGAGAACCCCGUGGUAUCGAAUGCUGAGUGGGGUUUUCUGGCUCUUUAUAUGUUGGAAAUCCUUCUCAAACUGUACGCCACCGAGCCUCGGGCGUUCUUUGCUCGACAUCAGUUUUGGAACUGGUUUGAUACGAUCAUUGUUGUGUCUGCUCUCUUUGGCACCAUCAUUAAUUCAGCACUCAAACACUCUGGAGGUUACACGAGUCGUCAGGUUUUGGACAUUGUUUUUAUCUUGCGAGUACUUCGGCUCAUACGUGUUGUGGAUUCCAUCAAGAGAUUCCGAGCCAUCAUUAAUACUCUUAUUAAAAUUGGACCAACUAUUCUUACAUUUGGUCAACUCAUACUGGUGGUCUAUUAUAUUUUUGCCAUGGUUGGGAUGGAAUUAUUUAAAGGCAAAAUCCAGUUUUUUGAACCGAACUCUACGAGUCCCGAUCGAGAGUACUGUGGGAACCCUCUGCUUAAAUCUACCAGUUUUGCUAAACUCAACUACUGCAAGAACAACUUCAACGACGUGAUCUCUUCUUUCAUCCUCCUGCUGGAACUCACUGUGGUUAAUCAGUGGCAUGUCCUGACCAGCGGUUUCACAGCAGUCACACACGUUUCGGCCAGACUUUUCUUCGUCAUCUUUCACAUUGUGGUCGUUAUUAUAAUAAUCAAUAUCUUUGUCGCAUUUAUUUUGGAGGCCUUCUUGGUGGAAUAUACAGUUGACAAAAGUGAACUGCAGACUUCUCUGGAGAAGAAGAUCGAGGAGCUGGAGCUUAAUGUUCAACAAGAUGGUGUGGACACUGGUCUUGUAGAUGCAAUGGAAACCAAUGACAGUGACCUGGGAUCUUCAGAAGAUGGCAAACGGAAGCCCUCACUUAUGUUCAAGAUUGCUUCCAGAAGAUCCAGAACUGUGGAUGGUCUUUUACAGCGGAUGUUUGAAACAGAUCUUCGUCCUGAAGACUUCAAUGAAGAGGAACUAGACAACACCAACUUCUCAAACCCUGUUUUUGAUUCCGUAUAAACAACAUGAAAAAUAAUUAUUACAAAAAACUCCCCCAAACAUGUAAAUAUAUAAAUACAAUUUGUAUCAAAGAUUCUUUAUAUGUAUUAAAUGUUUGAUAAGCUUUA